AUGCAGAAUCGAUUGAGACAUCUCGAGAGUUUGGUCAAGGAUGUUAUGUCUGCCCAGAGUCCGAACCAACAACUCACUUCUUCUCCCAUGGGCGUAGCCGACACCUCCAACACCUCCAUAGAAAUCGAGUCCCAAAGUAAUAGGAGAUUAAGUGACAACGUCCAGUCGCCCCACCAGUCAGGUCAAGUCCUUGUUGGAUCAAAGGAGGCAACAUACGUUGGUGCUACGCAUUGGGCCGCCAUCCUUGAAAAUAUCGAGGAAGUAAAAGAUUAUUUUGAGGGCAUGGAUACCGAAGACACUGAUGAAACCGAAAAUAUUACCCCGUAUGCGAGCCUUACCUUCAACUCACAACCAACUUCCUCUAAGAACGAUCUUUUGGCCGCGCUCCCUGAGAAAUUCGUUGUCGAUCGUCUGAUCUCCCAGUAUUUCAACUCGAACAGUCCUUCCCUACCAAUCCUUCAUAAACCAACGUUCCAGAAAAUGUAUAUAUCCUUCUGGGAAAGCCCUGCAGAAGCUCAAGUAAACUGGCUUGGAUUACUGUUUGCCCUGAUGAGCAUGGCUACAAUAGCAUCCCUACAUCCAGGAGGGAGGCAGCCAGACAGUUCCAGCACACCACUGGAAACGGUUCGCCUUUAUAGAAAUUGCUGCAUUCAAGCUCUUAUCCUGUCCAACUAUACCAAGCCUGGGCCCUAUACUAUCGAAACACUCCUGCUAUUCAUGGAAGGGGAAUUUAUCCUGAGCGCUGAUGAUCAGGUUCAUUUAUAUCUUCUGGUAGGGAACGUCGUUCGGCUUUCCUUGCGGAUGGGUCUUCACAGGGACUCCGCCAAUGUCGGCGGAAAUAUCACACCCUUUCAAGCAGAAUUUCGGCGGCGACUCUGGCAUCAUCUAGCUCAGAUCGACCUACUUUCCAGCUUCCUCCUCGGCCUUCCAGGCAUGGUUGAAGCCAUUGCAAGUGAUACCAGAUAUCCUCGGAAUCUGAGAGACGAGGAUUUUCGUGAGGACUCGGUUAAACUACCGCCUUCGCGUCCUGAAUCCGAACUCACGCCAACAACAUAUCUUAUUUGCAAAAGCAGAUUGGGUCACGAGUGUGGCAAGGUUGCGACCCUAGCAAAUAAUCUAGCGCUUCCAUAUUAUGAAGAAGUGCUUACAUUGGAUGGCCUUCUUCGGGAGGCAUAUGAGAAAGUUCCAACCUUCUUCCGGGUCAGCUCGUCGGGAUUUUCCAUUACCGAUUCACCUGGGCAUGUUAUUAAACAGUUUAGUUUAUUUCUGUUAUUUCACAAAAGUCGCUGUAUGCUGCAUCGAAAGUAUGUCACGAAGGUGGGGAAAAAUUCGGAAUACUUGUAUUCGAAAAAUACCGCUUUGGAUGCGUCGCUGGAGUUGUUGAAGGGGCAGUCAAUGAGUUACGAAGCAGCUCGCCCCGGAGGACCUCUUGCUCAUGACCGAUGGUUUUUAUCGACCAUUUCGAUGCAUGACUUCCUUUUGGCAGCCAUGAUUGUGUGUAUGAAGGUCAUACAGUCAGCCAAGGAAGGGUUAAAUACGUCGAAUAUCUCGGAUUCGAAUCAUCAGGAAGACCGGGAGAUGAUCAUAGCUCUGGGCAAAUCGUACAAAAUAUGGACUGAAAUGGGUGUCAAUGCUGCCGAUGCUCGGAAAGCGUCAUCCUUGCUCAAGUCCAUGUUGAGAAAGGUUGACGCCGCACUGCAACGUCAGCCUGGCUAUCAUGGCGCAUCUGUGAACGGGGCUGGUAGAGCAAACCUAAUCUCAGGUUUGUCUUUGGAUGAUUUAUUACAAUCCCAUGAUCUACCUCCCCCGAGUACUCUCGCCUCCGAAGUAUCGCAGGCCAAUGUAUCCAACAGAACAACACCAUCAUCAGGCUUGGGGCCACAAUACGAAGACGAUUCCAUGGCAGUUCCUACCGAGCCUUUUGAGCUAUUGAUUGAUUUCCCGGACAAUCUUGAUUGGGAAAACUUUGAUACUAGUAUCUUCCCAAAGUCCGGUUCAGAUCAAUCCUGGCCAACUUCCAACCUGGACGACCUAUCAUUUGGAGAUUUUGAUUAUGAUGUGCUCGGAAAUAAUUAG